AUGUUGUCGAAUAUGCCACGCCUCUCCCCGGUUUCCUCGAAAGCCAUUCUUCGAUCUGUCUCGGAACAAGUCCCGAAAGUUGCAGGCUCGACUGGACCUUACAGAUAUCUUUCUACGACAACACCUGCACAGAAGAAUGUAACCCUGCUCCAGGAUAAGAAGAAUGGAUUCGGGUUCGCACGGUCCAACCCUAGACCGCCGAAGCCAAGGAGCAAGGGUGUCACUGAGAUCAGAGGGCCGUACUACACGGUUAUGGGCAGGAGAUACUUGGCCGAUGUGCUUGAAACAAUGGGGACUCAUGUGGAUGGUCUCAAGUUUGCAGGAGGCUCUUUUUCGCUGUUCCAGGAGAAGCCCUUGAGGGAACUGAUUGAUCUGGCUCAUGAGCAUGGCGUUUAUGUCUCAACGGGUGGAUGGGCCGAGCACCUCCUCACUCAUCCUGACACAAAUGCCGUCUUUGAUAAAUACCUCCAGAAGUGCAAGGACUUAGGUUUUGAUAUAAUCGAGCUUUCAUCCGGCUUCUUAUCGAUCCCCGAGGACGACUGGCUUCGCCUCGUCGACAAAGUUCACUCAUACAAGCUAAAAGCCAAGCCCGAGCUGGGCAUUCAAUUCGGUGCCGGCGGAGACACCCCAGCAUCCGGCCUGGAGGCGAUUGGCACUUCAGACCCUGGAAAGCUGGUCAACCUGGGCCAUAAAUUCCUCAACGCUGGCGUUGAGCGCUUGAUGAUCGAGUCCGAGGGCAUCACGGAGAAUGUGGAGUCCUGGCGCACUGACGUGGUGUCCAAGAUCAUGAAGGAAUUGCCGCCAGAGCGCGUCAUGUUCGAGGCUGCAGACCCGAAGGUUUACAAUUGGUAUAUCCGGGAGUUCGGUAUUGAUGUCAACCUUUUUGUCGACCAUAGUCAGAUUGUGCAGCUGUCGUGCUUGCGACAUGGUAUUUGGGGUACGGCUGAUACAUGGGGGAAGAUUGUCUCCUUUCGCCCUGAUAUCACCGCGCCCCCGGGUGGCCGGCUACGAUGCCGACGAGCGUGCGAUAGCUGUAAGCGGAGGAAGCAGAAAUGCAACGGAGAGCAGCCAUGCACAAUCUGUGUUCAACGUCACAAAGAAUCAGAAUGUCACUUCUCGGACAAGCCGGCCCGCUUGCUGAAGCCCUCCGAGAGCUCGAAAGACACGAUGUUGCUCAGCGAACGCCUUGUGCCUACGCCGCAAAGACAAACCGCCAUGGACCGAUUGCUGAACUCCCUCGAAGAUCGCAGCGCAGAUCUAGAACAACAGGUGGUAGAUGAUAAAGAUGGGACGGCUCCGGUACCGAAGGUGGCCAGGCUUCUUCGCGAUGGACAAGGAAAAUUCAUGUAUAUUGGCGAUUCCGCGAGUUUGUCCUUUCUCCAGAGUGUCCGUCGCAUAGUGGCUUCGUCAAUCGGCCGUUGCGAACUUACGGAAGAUAAUUCACGCCAUUCAAUGCUUGAGGCUUUUCAAAGUAGUGCCACUACACAAACGGGGCCAUUGAUACCGCCCCCGAGUAAUGAAGAAGCUCAACAACUGGCACGCCAUUAUGUUCUUGCCACUAGUCCCCUAUUGGAUCUCUUUGACCUAAACGAGUUCCAUCCGCGGUUGGCUAAUUGGAUUGAGAACCCAACGGGCGAUGAAGAUACUGUGAGCUCAAUAUUUUACCUGGUGCUUGCCAUUGGGGCUCAAGUAUCGGACACCAACCACACCCUGGCGGAGAAGUACUUCAUUAGUGGUCGUCAGCUGGCGUUCUCGGCUUUCACUGAGACCCCCAGUAUCUCCACGAUACAGUCAUAUGUUCUGAUUUCGAUGUAUAUGUUGGGUGCUUGUCGGCGCAACGGCGCCUUCAUGAAUCUUGGAAUUGCUCUUCGCGCCGCAUAUGCGGUCGGCAUCCACAGGAAAGAUGCAAACACGCUCUUCUGCACGCGAGAGCGACGUGCUCGGGAACGUGUGUGGAAAAGCCUACGCAUGAUGGAUCUCUUCCUCAGCGCCUCUUUGGGUCGUCCUCCAGCCACGACGGACUUUGACUACGACCCGCACGAUAGCAACACCACGCCAGGGACACAACCGCGCCUUCAGCCGGACGAGCAACUAUCCUCGACGGUUGUUUCGCUAUGUCGUAUUUUCGAGCGGAUUCUUACGGAAGUUUACAUGAGGCAGGUUGUGUCAAUCGGUGUUGCAGACAGUAUCUCGAAUCAACAUCGCGCCUGGGUCCGAAAUCUGCCAAGCUUCUUACGGAUGCAGACAGAGCGACUUGAUGCUGCCAAAACUCUCGAGGAUACCUUGGCUGCAGCCCACAUAUUUGGCUCUUAUUACUGGUCGAUUAUUCUGUUGACUCGCCCCUUUUUGGUCUUCCGAGUCUCUCAGUAUGUGAAAAACAAGACCGAGUCAGCAGCAUUUUCCGAGAGCAAACCCAACAACUCGCGCAUCUCGCUUUUUGCUGAUGCAUGCGUUUACUCCGCGUUGCGCAGUCUUAACGUCGUGGACGACCUCUCUCAAUACUCGUCCCUGCCGCGGAGGCUGCCAUUCUUAAUCAAUUCCGUUUUUAACUCGGCCGUUGUCAUAGGGGCCGCAUUCUUUGCCGACUAUGACAAUCUACUUCCACUGGAGGAGGGCUUGAACAAAGCCGAAAAGUUCCUUGAGCUGUUUGUCCCGCAUGACCCUCAUGCCUGCCGCUUUUUCCAAAUCAUCAAAUACCUCCGAGGCGCAGUUGGUGAAUACGUCCGCCGCCGGAACCGUCAAUGGAUGGAACGUCGUAGCAAACAAGUCGAUCAGCUUUUUGGCGAAGUAGGCCCAUCCAGCGAAACCUCAACUAGUAGUAAUAACCACCACGGCAUCUCAACCAACCGCGGGGAUCAAGCAACAGUCCCGUCUCCUCUAUCCCCGGACAAGUUUGCCGGCGGCCCCCUUCCCUCCCAAUCUGUAGGUCAGGCAACCAUUACCGCCCAGCCUGAUGACGGCAUCUGGGAUGCCUUAUGUGCCGCUGAAGGGCCCUCACCUUUCCCAUACGACACAGCCAUUUCCACUUUGACGACGACCGGCAUUCCAAUCGGUUGUUCACCAGGCGGUACUAUCCCUACUGGCCCACCGGGAAUGCCGGAUAACGGAGGCCAGACACCUCUCUCUGACAUGAUUCUUUCAGACAACGGACUGCUCUAUAUGGCAGAGGAUCUCCCUGUGUUUGGGCUAUGGGGAGAAACUUGA